AUAGUCGCGGCCGCCAUUUUGGAGUGAAAUGCUAACUGGAUAACAGCACAGAAUCACAAAAGCAAACAAAAUGACAACGAAAGAGAAGGCAAAGUGGAAUAAACGAACGCAAUGUUCGGCAAUACACUGCAAAAACUAUCAGUGUAGCACUACAGAGGUUGCCUUCCAUCGUUUUCCCAAAGACCCUGACAGGUGUGCCAGGUGGGUGCUUCAUCUCAGGAAUGCAUCUUUGUUGGGGAUAAGCCCUCUGCAGCUCAAUCAAAACUACAGGGUGUGCAGUGCACAUUUUCACUCUAGCCAGUUUAAGAGAGCAUGUGAUGUCCAUGCGGGAUUGAAAUGGAAUGCAGUGCCCACAAUGGUUAAAGAUCCAGACCCACCACUCCCAUUGGACUUGAGGUUAAGGAGAAAGCGAUCAAAGACACAUCAGAAGUUACCACUAAAGAAACGCCAAAAAAAAAUAGUUUGCCUGGCAAAUGUGGUCUCAUCCACUGCAGACAGUGUUCAACAACCCCCUGAUUCAGUUGUUCACCCACCGACAGCUGUUACCUCACCUGAUGCUCCUGUAGCAGGACCUUCGAUGCCACUGACACCACUGUUGCCAACAGCCGUUGAACCUUCUGAGAAGGAACGUGCCCUGAAGUUGAAGAUUAGGAAUCUGAGUGCACAGGUGUGCAAACUGAAGGCGAAAAUGAGGAAAAUGACCCCGCUGAGGAAGACCGUGAAUGCCGGUAUGAAUAAGGCGUUCGUGAUGGAGCAGUUGAAGAAACUCUUACCAGCCAAAGCAUAUGCUUUUGUGAGCACACAGAUACGUGCGUCUCAGCGGAAGGCUCGUGGUUUUCGGUGGAGCACUCAGGACAAAGCUUUCUUCUUGUCUCUGCUACAUGCCAGUCCAAGAUGUUACUCGCUGCUGUUGAAAGUGUUUUUUAUGCCAUCUGUCCGCACACUGCAGAAGCUUGUGAAGUCUGGUGCAGUUCCACCAGUCACUGCUAAUGCGGAAGCUGAGCAGGUCGAGAAGCCAAUGGACUGUAUACUAGAUGAUCAGUUUGAUUCCCAACAAGUAUCUUCUUUUAGUUCUGAUGAUCAUGAACAAUGAUGCUGGAGUCUGAAGUCAACAUCCCUGAGGGUGUCCUAUCAAAACGUGUCCUGGACCUGCUGAGAUGCAUUGCUGUGUCUUUUAUGCUGUAAUUGCCAUUUUUUGGACACAGUGGCUGUGUUUUUUGUUUGUUUUAUCUCUUUAACAAACAUUAAAAUGCAAAAACUGUUUACUGUCAA